AAAUCUGAUCUAUUUGUUUAACUUUCCCACAUAAAAUGUGUACAUGUAAAACUGAAAACGCAUUUCGCUUUUGGCCUAGUCGCUACCCUUAAACAGUGGGCGUGGCCUCGUUUUGUAGUUCUUUCUCUGUAAACAACAUGCCGCCAGGUUCGGAUCCUUCAGACGUGAACGAGGAGGACAAGCCCUCUAAAAAUGUCAUUGCACGUAUAUCACAGUUUGCUGACGAUAACUUAACGUUUGUCAGGAACAUCAGCACAUGUGUUGGUCUCGUGGGUCUUCUCAUCAUAGCGAGGAGCAUCAGACUGAUUACAAAAUUUGGCUCUGCGUCUGAUAUUCCAGCUCGAUUCAUUGAGAGAAACAUCAGUAUCAGAGGAAGACUAAGACAUAUUACAGAAAAAGGGCUCGAAGUGGAACACAUUCCAAUUUAUGUCCCUUUGCUCAGUCGCCUACUUACAAAGCGUCAGCCCGUCACCCUUCUGGAUGUGCGUCUGGCUGGAGUGGAGCUGACCUCAGAAGGGCAGGACUGGAUUGGUCAACAGCUGAAACCAGCUGAGAUGGUGUGGCUCCGACUGAUCGCUCGACAGAACGAGACCCUCCACUGCCUAGUGUCGGUUAACAGGGGCUCACUCUUCAACACCUGUGUGAAUGAGGAAAUUUUGAGGCAUGGAUUGGCCAGGACUUCUCCUUUUGUGGGUCUGGACUCUCACUCUCGGAUCUACUUGCGUCUCUAUAAGCGCUUUCUGAGGGCCGAGAGCAGAGCAGAGAAAAAAGGGAAAGGCCUGUGGAAGGAAGAGAGUCGCUGGGAGAGAGCUUCUGAUGUCUUGAGGAACAAUAUGCUCUUCAUCUCAGUUAAAAAACUCUUCAAAUGGACAUCAGGGGCUAAAGAGAAGUGAAAUAUUCCCUUUUCAAAAAACAAGAUUGGUUAUUCAUUGUGCAGAGUUGUUUUGUUUGAAGUAUUUAUUCUAAAUGUGCUAUAUUGCUGAUCUCAGACUUGAACUUCAUGGAUAAGGUAAGCAGCAAUUAAAGUUGAAAUGAUUGAAAUUUCCAUCUGUUUUUAUGCUUAUUACUUUGACCUGUCUAUUCACACAUAUUCUUAUUUACCCAACAUGAAGACAGACAUUCUUAACUCUCUGCAGUUUUGUAUAAUCCAUCACAUUAUUCAUGCUGUCCUACACCUGUAGCGUUGGACACCAUCGUCAUAUUCCUGACAACCGGAAAGCCUUUGUACUCUUCCCUCCUCCCAUAAAUCCAUAUCCCACAGACCUCUCGGUUUUCUCUUUCCCUGGGGAGGCGGGGGAGUGCUUUGUCACGAUGACAUGGCAGUGGGGGUCUACCGAUGCCCCAUGGAGACAAUGAGGAGGAGGGUUCCCCAUUACUAUAGAAACAUCACACUCAGAAGACAAAGUGCAUCGAGGGUGCCACCUUCUCAGGGUCCUAAAGGCCUUAGUACUUUGGAGAUGAGAAAAAGGUGCUUGAAUGAAAUAAAGCUUGUCUAAAAGACAAAGGUUUACAAGAUGAUUAAUACUAGCAGAAGUAAUAUUAUUAGAAGACAAUUGUCUUCUGUAAAUCUGCUUAUAGCUGAAUUGUACUUGUUUAUAAUUAUAAGAAUUUUGCGACAGUGACUAAAGAGACACAUUUGAAAUG